GGCUCCUUCCUGUGCAAACUUUUCUGUCCUCUUCCUCCUCCCGCCCUCCGCACCGGCUCCUCGGCUCCUCGGCGCCCGGCGUCCACCUCCCCGCCCUUCUCUGCCUCCGGGUCGCGGUGCGCGGGGCACAGCAGGGCAGCAGCGGGCAGCGCAGCCCUCGGCGCCGGCCGCACCCCGUGCUUCGGCCCCGCCGCGGGGAGCCGAUGGCCGAGGCGGGUUGGCGCCCCGCGGGGUUCCCGGUCAAUCCGGCCGGACAGGCGGUGGCGGUCCCAGUCCCCGAGUCCGAGGCGCCCGCCCCGCCGCCGGCGCCUGCCCUGCAGUGGCUGCCCGGGGACCCAAGCCCCCGCGGCCGAUCGCAGAGCGACCUCUCGUCGUCCUCAAGCAGGGGCCGCCCACUCCGGGUCCACAUCUCCGGCUCAGUUGAUGGACUGGACAAAGCUUCUGUAGCAAACUCAGAUGGCCCCACAGCAGGUUCCCAAACACCUCCCUUCAAGAGAAAGGGGAAACUAUCCACCAUUGGUAAAAUCUUUAAGCCUUGGAAAUGGAGGAAAAAGAAGACCAGCGACAAAUUUAGAGAAACCUCAGCAGUAUUAGAAAGGAAGAUAUCCACACGACAAAGUAGAGAGGAGCUGAUAAGAAGGGGAGUUCUUAAGGAAUUACCUGAUCAAGAUGGAGAUGUAACAGUUAACUUUGAAAAUUCAAACGGGCACAUGAUACCCAUCGGAGAGGAAUCUACCCGAGAGGAAAAUGUAGUAAAGUCUGAAGAAGGUAAUGGCCCUGUUUCUGAAAAAACACCACCUCUGGAGGAAAAGGCAGAAGAUAAGAAAGAGAACACUGAAAACCACUCUGAAAUACCGGCAGCUCCUGCUCUACCUCCUUCUGCUCCUCCUAAGCCUAGACCCAAACCUAAACCCAAAAAAUCACCUGUGCCUCCGAAAGGGGCCACUGCUGGGGCCAGCCACAAAGGUGACGAAGUGCCUCCCAUUAAAAAAAAUACCAAGGCUCCUGGUAAGCAGGCCCCCGACCCUCCACCCAAGCCAACAAGCCGAAACACGACCCGAGAGGCUGCUGGCUCCUCUCAUUCAAAAAAAACAACUGGCUCUAAAGCAUCAACUUCGCCAUCCACUUCAUCCACCUCAUCUCGUCCCAAAGCUUCAAAGGAGACAGUUGCUAGCAAAACAGGGACAGUGGGGACCACCAAGGGCAAGAAAAAAACUGGCAAGCAGCCAACGACUUCUCGUCUGUCCUCAGACACAACCACUUCUGGCAUAGCCGACCUUAAAGGAGAGCCUUCAGAGACCAGAGUGGAGAGUCUCAAACUCCAACAGACUGUCCCUGGAGCUGAGGAGCAGAACACAGGCAAAUCCAAGUCCGUGGUCCCUCCACCCCCUGUGGCUCCAGCACCUUCUCCUCCGGUCCCCACUCUCCCUCUUGAGGAUCAGUGCAUUACUGCCUCUGACACUCCAGUUGUCCUGGUCAGCGUUGGAGCUGACCUGCCCGUCUCUGCCUUAGACCCAAGUCAGCUUCUUUGGGCUGAAGAGCCAACAAACAGAACCACUCUCUACUCAGGCACUGGCUUAAGUGUUAACAGAGAAAAUGCAAAAUGUUUCACAACCAAAGAGGAGCCGGGGAAGACAGUGCCUCAGCUACUGACUCCUGGUCUGAUGGGUGAAUCUUCAGAAUCCUUUAGUGCCUCAGAAGAUGAAGGCCACAGGGAAUACCAAGCCAAUGAUUCUGACUCGGACGGGCCUGUCUUGUACACUGACGAUGAGGAUGAAGACGAAGAUGAGGAUGGCAGUGGAGAAAGUGCUUUGGCAAGUAAAAUACGCCGGAGGGAUACUCUUGCUAUCAAACUUGGCAACAGACCAUCUAAGAAAGAAUUAGAGGACAAAAACAUCUUGCAGCGUACAUCCGAAGAAGAGAGGCACGAAAUCCGACAACAAAUUGGAACCAAGUUAGUCAGGAGGCUGAGCCAGAGGCCCACAACUGAAGAAUUAGAGCAAAGAAACAUCCUAAAACAAAAGAAUGAAGAAGAGGAACAAGAAGCAAAAAUGGAACUUAAACGCAGACUCAGCAGAAAGCUCAGUCUGAGACCCACAGUGGCAGAGCUACAAGCUCGAAGGAUCCUGCGAUUUAACGAGUAUGUAGAAGUCACAGAUUCUCCUGACUAUGACCGCCGAGCAGACAAGCCCUGGGCCAGGUUAACACCUGCAGACAAGGCAGCAAUAAGGAAAGAACUAAAUGAAUUUAAAAGCACAGAAAUGGAAGUUCAUGAAGAGAGUCGACAGUUUACAAGGUUUCAUCGUCCAUAACGAAGUGCGAGACUAUUUGGAAACAGAGACUGAUCAUCUUUGGGGGAAGCCCUGCUUCCUGAAAACCUGGUAUUGCACUGGGAUUUGAAUGUGUGUGUUUCCGUUUAACUUGUGGUGAAGGAAGUGUGUGACUCAGCUUGGUUGGGAAGUGCUCCUCACCUGUGCGGUCCAGAUGGCUCCAACAAGCAAAGGGAAGGAUGCAGUGACUCUUGCUGCCCAGAAUGCACAGCGAUGGUAAGAGACACCGUGGAUAGUCUUCAUCAGAAGCUUUAAUCAAAGAAGAUGAGCAGAAGACAAUCGCUGGUUCCCUGUUACCAGAAAGCCAAAUUUUAUGAUGCGGGUGAAAGAAAAAUAUAGAUAAAAUUGCUGGGCACUGAAAAGGGGUGGGAGUUGAAAAUCAGAAAGAAAGAGAAAGAUUUCAUUAUGUUAAUGAAGAAAAGAGGAAAUUGAAGCAUAAAUGUAUUUUUGAAGUAGUUAUUGGGUAGCUGAGAACUUAGUAAGGGAUUUAGGAAUCUAACCUCCCGAUAUGGAUUCCUCAAAGACUUGAUCUGAGAAUAUUCUUGUUUCACCAUUAUGUUGGUACAGUAUAGUACCAUAAUUUUAUGUUGUGCCAGUGAAUCCAGUUGCCAGAAACAAGUCUGAAUGUUUUCAUGCAUCUUUUUCUUAAAUGCAAGAGCUUCUACUGACUUUUAACAAGCAUGCUUACCCAAAUUUUGUUGCAUGCUUUUAAGUAGCAUUAGCUAUACACACUUGACAUUUUUAAAUAUUCCUUUCCUAGUGUACCAGCCUUCACAGGAAAAGAGGACUGAGAAUAAAGUCAGAUGUCAUGUGACCCUAGAAAACUGUAGCAAGCUUCAGAAAUAAGUCUUUCGAUCUUUCCCUAUCUUGAUUAGAUCCAAAGUCAAAGCAACCAUACUUCAUCUAAAGAAGACAGUAUUGACAAUCAUGAUACCUGUUAUAAAAACUUGACUCCAAAGUUAAAAUUUAAGCAAGAUACAAACGUGCUGCCUGCAGUUAGUCCUGCAUGGGAAUAAGGACUAGUUAUUUUUUAGUGCUGCAUUUUUUUAAAGUUGGAUUGCUGCUAUUAAAAAAAAAAGAAAGAAAAAAAAAGGACACAGAUUAAAAAAAAAAAAAAAAACCCCAAAGGCUUAACAGAAUAUGGAAAGUUUCCACUACGUUGUGUGUGAGGAAAUCCUCAUCUUGUAUUUUAAGAAUCUGCAGAUUGCAUCCAUAAAUACAAUACAGUAUUUACUGUCAAUGCAAAAGAAUCAGUGAGAUUAAAGUAGUGGAAGCUUUCCCUAUGAGCCUACAGUCUGUAUUGUUUACAUUAAGAAACGCUCUAUUGUUGUGUUCCUAUUUUUCAUGGAGUCACAGGCACAGUAUGACUUCUGCUCCCGAAUACAUAUGACCAUAUGUAAAUACCACCUUGCAUUUAAUUGUUCUUCACAAUUGUUUUGUGCCCCUUUAAUUAAAAACACAUGAAAUGAAUAACAAAACAAGACCCAAAUAGAGUUUAUUUUAUUCUCAGAGUUUGGACUACAAUUUUCUGAGAUGUUUCUGGUUCAAGACUGUAAUUUUCUAUUUCAACCCAAAAGUAAGCAUUUAACCUGGGGAAUAAAUGUAGAUCCUGCCAUUCAUUGGUAUUUUGAAGAACCACUUGAAAUCGGAUCGUUUUAUUUAAAAAUAAAAAAUGAUAAUGCCAGUUGGCCUAUUAUUAAAAGCCGGGACUGUGUUAGCACUAGGAAAAGUAACCAGCAUUACUGCACCUCUUGUUAGACUCUGUGCAUUAAUAAAAUACACAUAGAGUCUGUUGUCAUUUCACUAAUAGGAUAAGACAAAUUUUUUGCUUUGAAAAAAUUUUUCUGCGUGCCCAGGUAUCUGUCUCUGACUGAGGUUUUGUCUGUUUUAUAGUGUUUCAAUCCAGCCAUAAAAAAUAACUUGUGAUUUUUUUUCCCCAAAGUCAUGCUUUUCCUUAAUUAUAUUUUUAUUUUAUUAUUUUAGUGUCUUGGGAAAAAUACCAAGAGAUAUAAUGUUUCUUUUAAUUGUCUAUGCUUAAUCAUCUUUAAACACUUUAAAUUUCUAACCACAAGACCUCUCUAUAAUGGUAAACAUGAGACAUCACCAUCUUAUCACUCAAAGUCAGUGUUACUGAAAGUUUCUAUUUGGUUGAUAAAAGGAAGAAUUUCUUUCCACUUUUGAUGCCUAUGAUGCAAUUUUUUAUUGCCUACAAUGAGAUACACUCAGUACAAAAAAUGAAAAUCUGGUAUUUCAAAAUUGUUUUUCUUGUAUAAUAGGUCAGAUUUAUUAACUACUCAUACUUUUUCUUUAUACUAAUCGAUACAUUUAGAAAAAAUUUUUGAAGUUAGAUAAAAGUUUAAAAGUAAAGCCAGUGCUAGUCUACUAUUUAGGUAAUUGGAAUCACCAAUUAUUUUAUUAGACUGAUGGCUUGAGUAAAAAGCUGUGGAAAGAAUUAAAGGAUUAUAAGCUAAGUUGUAUUUUGCAGAAUAUGGUUCUCUCUUAGUAAAGCAGAGAUAAGCCAUAUCCCCACUGGCCGCCCAGCCAGAAGUCUCCUACCUGGGGGCCCUAAAGGGAUGUAGAGGUCUGGCCCACCCUCCCUGCAUAGGCACCUCUGCCCACCACCAGUGUUUCAGCAAUCCAACCAGUAAGCUUAUGCCAUAUAGGAAAAAUAAAAGUGUGUGUGAAUUGGAUUUCUUUUGUUGUAACACAAUUCCAGGUUUUUGGCUAUUUAAAGUUUGACAUUAGGCUGACAUUGAGGAAGUAAGUGGGUUUUCCUGAGUUCCCAGGAUAUGAUUAAGGAAGAAAACAAACUCAUCUCCGGGAAUAUCCCAGUCCAGAAAGAACUAGACAGAUGUAAAAACCAAAGUGACCAUUUUAGUUUUUUUUUAAAUGAAGAACAAAACAUUAAUGUUAAGGUAUUAAGAAGAUGCUCAGCAUGCUUGAUCGGCAUCUUCACGGUCAUUAUCAAUCAGUCUGACAAAAUAGUUCUCUGGUAGUCAGCAUUCAUUCAAGGCAGCUUGCCUGAUAAUUUCCUGUGUAUGCGAAGCGUCUCGCACUUUUACAUGUUAGCUAUAACUCCUUAAAUUACUUAACUGAAAUCUGUAAUAGAGAACCAUUUUGGCAUCUGAACAGCUAUUUUACAUGGAGGAAAAAGCAAACACAUCUGUCUCUCUGCUUUACCCAGAAAAACUAACUUUCUGGUUUCAUCUUCAUAUUGUUUAGUAGCAUAAUAAGAGUAGUCCUUUAUCUUUCUCUAAUGUUAGUAAAUAUAUUCUGUUAGUAGGAAGUUCUGAAAUUGAAGGGAAAAUAUAUUUAAGGAAAUACACCUUUCAAAAAUCGCCAAAUACUGAAAAUAAGAGAUGAGUGCUUAAAACCUGAGUCAAAAAAGGUCCAGUUUUACAGCCUGCAAUUAAUUCAGGGCUGCAUUGGCAUUAAAAAAAGUUAAAUAAAUAUAUAUGCAUAUUAUAUAUUUAGUAGCUUACACUUAAAAGAGGAAAAGAUUGCAUUAACACUGCAUGUUCUGAUAUGUACCACAUUAACACCUAACAGGCAUUUUAUUUAUACUUCAUAGAACCAGGCAGAUACAACUCUGAAAAAUCAUACUCUAUUCACAAUGGAAAAGGAUAGUCUUCUCUAACACAGAGUAGUAUGUCCAUACUUAAUAAUGAAAACUUUCUUCCUUUCCUGCUCAAAAAUUUCUUCAGUCUGUUAUUAUUUUUAAGUGCCCCUUGCUGCAAAUUUCAAAUGGAGCAAGAAAUCUUCCUCAGAGUAGGUGGUUUAGAAUUAAAUUAGUACAAUAUAUAUGAAUUCAUGUCAUGUACCCCUGAGUAUGGUAGAACUGUUAAAGCAUUCUUGAAGCCUAUCAUUACUAGGAAAAGUAUAUUCUUUAGGAUAAGAAUUAAUUUCUUCACACCAUUAGAGUAUGUUGUGAGUAGUAAGGAACUACUUAGAUGCAAUUUAUUUACAGAAUUGUCCGUUGGCCUCUUGAAAUGGCUAGAUCUUUCACUACUGAGUAGAUAGUUUCUACUUACUGGCAAGAUAGAUUACAUUGCUUUACUGGACAAAGCAGAAUGAACUUACAUACCUAAAAUAUGUCCUAUAUUGGCCAGGGGUGGUGGCUCACACCUGUAAUCCCAGCACUUUGGGAGGCCACGGCAGGUGGAUCGUUUGAGGUCAGGAGUUCAAGACCAGCCUGACCAACAUGGUGAAACCCCGUCUCUACUAAAAAUACUGAAAAAAAAAAAAAAAAGAGUAUCCAGGCAUGGUGGCUUGUGCCUCUAGUCCCAGCUACUCGGGAGGCUGAGGCAGGGAAAUCACUUAAACCCGGGAGGCGGAGGUUGCAGUGAGCCAAGAUCAUGCCUCUUCACUCCAGCCUUGGCGACAGAGCAAGACUGAGUCUCAAAAUAAUAAUAAUAAUAAUAAUAAUGAAUAAAAUAAAAUAUGUCCUUGAGGGAAAAGCAAUGACAGAGUAAUCACCAAAUUAAUAGGAACAUCUUUCUAGAGAAAGUACAUCCCCAGUUAGUUUAAACCCAGGUUUCAAAGAAGCAGCUUUGGGCUCUACUGUAAAGGCAGGCAGCAACCAAGAGGUGGUGAGGAGAGAGAUAGAGUACUCUCAGAUAAUUCCCAUUUUCACUUCCAAUUUCCUUUUCGUAAUCGUUAAGCUUAAGCUAUGUAUGGAAAUGCAAAGCAUCAUUAGCAUUUCUAGAGAGCAGCUGGAAUUUUACCCACCAAUGCUUUUUUUGAAGACAGGUGUCAUCCCAAAUUUAAAAAUCCUAUUGUAUAUGUUGUGAAAUUUCUGGCAAAGAAGUAGAGGAUCCUGUGGCAGCUAUUCCCACCUAAAGCCAACCCUAUAAGGAUGGGUCAUUUUUUAGCCAUGCUAGUAUUUACCGCACACACACAAAAAAUGUCAUUUAGCUUGUUGCAUUGCUAGCACAGCUGCACAUAUGAGCAAAGCACUGUUGGUCCAUGUUUCUCAGUGGGGGUGCUCUUGGCAUUUGGAGCUGGGCAGGUCUUUGUUGUACAGAAUCGUCCCAUGCAUUGCCAGAUGUUUAAUAUCCUAGGCCCCUGCUGAUUAAAUGUCAGUAGUAUUCUCAGUCAUUGUAAACACCAAGAAUAAAAAGCCUUCCCCCAGGUUCAAAUACCCUCUCUGGGAAGUUGGUAUCACCUCCCCUGAAUGCCACUGUCUGCUGCAAUUUGAGGACACACAGAGAAAAAGUGCCUAUCCCCAAACGUUGUCUCUGCUGCCUUGUAUUUCUUUGGGCCCUGAAAGGUUUUUCUCCCUUCAUUUUUCAAGCCUUUGUCUCAGUGCAGCUUUAAUUUGCAAGUUCUUCAGGUAGGAGGUUACUGGGCAGCCUUGGCCAUUCAGUGGGCAUUGGGACUUGGCCUAGUCCCUAUAUAUACUUAAAGGAGAGAUCGCACAUGAAGAAGGCUUUUUUUUUUUUGUCUUACAACUUUUCUUUAGAACCACAUUUUUGGUCAUAAUCCUUCUUACUGUCAUGAGGAUUGUUGUAUGGGUUAAACACAAACACAGACUAACAGUGCACUUGAACAAACCUGGUGGUCUUUGGAAAUAAGUUACCAUUAGAUUUCACCUGGUUAUGCUGCAUCCCAUAAGUUCCAAAUGAAUCGCCUGUUUAUCCCAUUAACAAAGCAUUUAAUUCACACGCAAAUGCUUGAAUUUCCCCUGCAUAAAUGUAGUCAUGUGGUUCAACUUUUCUAAUAAGAUUUGUGAAUGCUGCAUUAUGAUGAAAAUGUGGAUUAACUGUGGAUUGCAUGCCUAUUGUUCAUACUUCAGUGAUGGUCACACACAAAACAAGAUGAGUUUUACUUAGGUGAAACAUUAUUAAACUGUACUAACAAUACAGAAACAUAUUCUCUUUGUCACUUUGUAUCACCAAAACUGAAUGGUAAAUAUGUUAUUUGGAUGAAUUGUGGCUAGCAAAAUGGAAUUAACUUAGCCACUAUAAUUUUUUAAAACAUUAAAAUUUCUAAAUUUUUUUUGAGGCCAAGUAACGCAGAGUCAAUAAAGGUGGUUAUAUUGUAAGCUUUUAGAUGGUGCUUAAGAAUUCUUAUCUUUUUAAAUAGCAGUAUUUUUUUUUUAAGAUAAAUUGAAAGGAGCAAAUAAGGCAGAAUGCCACUCUACCCUCAGGUCAAUUUUAUGGUAUAUGAAAAUGCCAAUAAUAUUUGUGCCACUUGCCAACUCGGGGGAGGGGAGGCUUUUCCCUUACUGGUUACUUUUGUUAUAGUUUGACUAUGUCAUUACAUUGUUUAGAGAGCCUCCACAACCAGAAGCUGCCACUGCAGUGCUAACUCGCCUUCAGAAAGAAUCAGAAUGAUUCAAGGGUCAAACCACUUUCAUCCCUUAAAAUAUAGGGACUAAUAUUUCUUUUUCUUGUUUUUUAAACAUUUCUUCUGUGGCUUAGAAAUGUGCCAGUGUGUUCAAAACAUUUAUACCAAUUUCACCAGAUUUAGUACCUACUAAACAUUCAAACGAGUUUCUUUCUUUCUUUUUUUUUUUUUUUUUCCUGUGUAACAGUGAUUUUUAAAUAAUGGACUAUCUGCAUUCUUUUGUUAUUUCACACUUCAGUUAAAAUGAUAACAAUGGUAAACUGUGAUCAUUAUCAGACUGACUGAAUGCUUUCUGAUUUCCAGUGAGUGAUCUAGUUCUACGUAUUACACAAGUGUAAUAUCUGUGAGUGUAAAUAACUGGAACUGUACACUGAUCAACAUGACAGUUUCUCUUUUGUUGUUGUUGUUAUCUGUACUGUAUUAUAGUAUGUGGGUAUAAAUAUCUACAAGUAUACACACAUAUGUACUUGUAUUCCACUAUUGUAACCUGAAAGAAAGACUAUGUAUUCCCUUUUUUAAUUCCGUACUGGUGUUUGUGUUAUUUAAAAAGCAAAAUUCUGCCCUAUUUAGUUGUAUAAUAUUAGAGGAUACUUUGCUGUGCACAAUUCCAAGUGCCUUAGAACAUUGUUUAGCUUUCCUGAGUAUAUGUAAAGGCAUAUAUGUAUAAAAUUGGGAAAAGUUACCUCAAUAAAAUCAUUGGGAAAUCCCCA